AUGAUUUAAAUCGUCUUGCUCCAAAAUGUUUAGAGUAUUAUAAUAAUUAUACGGAGUAGGUUACAAUGAACUCAAUUAAAUACAUCCCUUUUUACAUUCAUUGGAAAAGGAAUCUAAAGUUUGUUCAUCAACAUAUUGCGAGAUUAUUAAAAGCUUUUUUGCUUUGUUAGUAAAAUACAAAAAUUCACUAAGUACACAGAUGAUUCACAAAAAUUAUUACAAUUUUAGUUAUUCAAUAAACGAUUUGAAUUUUAUUAUGUCAAUUGGUGUAUUACAUUAUUGUUUAAAAGUACAAAACUCAAAAGAAAUUAAUAACAGUUACAUCUUAUUUCUCAUAAUUUAAGUUUAGGAGAUUAUGAACAUAAAUUAAUUAAAAAGGUCUAUUAGCAGUAAUAUUUGAACAUCUUGGUGAUAAGAUUGUUUCCUAAAUUUAACUCUAUUCGUUAUUAACUAAUCUAAUAGCAGAUGAUUUUGAUAAUGUUUUGAAAAGUGAGAUUUUGAAGAAAGUACAUCCACAAUUUGAAUAAGGAUUUUACUCUGCUGAGUAUAUAAAUGAAUUAAUGUAUUGUAUCUCAACUGCUUUUUACACAAUUAAUGAAAAUUAAAUAUAAGAAUUAACAAAUAUUCGAUUAUCAGAUUACUUAAUUUAUGUAUAAGUUAAUAACCAUUUGAACUGAUGGAUUUAGAUGUGUGUAGCCCAAUCUUUUAGACAUUAUAAUCUGUUUUCUUAAAGUAGCCAAAAAAAAAAAUCAUGUUUACAGUUUAAAAAAGCGUAUAACUGAUGAUUCUAGGUUACUUGAAAGAUGUAAUCAAAUUAAAGAGAUGAGUUUAAAAGAUGAUAUAGAAUAUGAAGAAUUCCUAAAGUCUUUGACAAAAAUUGAUUGA